CCCCGGCCAUGCUGCUCUUCUGCGCGGCCUGCGGGAACGUGCUGGUGGCCGAGGAGGGCGCGCGCUGCCACCGCUUCGCCUGCACCACGUGCCCCUACGUCCGCAACGUCACGCGUAAGGUGACCAGCAGGCGCUACCCGAAGCUGAAGGAGGUGGACGACGUGCUCGGGGGGGCCGCCGCCUGGGAGAACGUGGACUCCACCGCCGAACCGUGCCCCAAGUGUGAGCACCCGCGAGCCUACUUCAUGCAGCUGCAGACGCGCUCGGCCGAUGAGCCCAUGACCACCUUCUACAAGUGCUGCAGCCCCCAGUGUGGACACCGCUGGCGGGACUGA